UGAGGUGGUGCUCGAUUGAUUUAAAUUUCUCCAUGACGAAAUCGAAAGUCAGGCGUACUGUCCACUAUAAUCGUGUUACGAAUAGAUUUACAGUAGCUAGAACUAGUUAUUUUAAGCAGCUCUAACGUCUUGGUAAGUUGCCCGGCAACGUUACCAAUCAGCGUCGCUGCCACCGCAUGAGGCUGCUGGGAAACUGAGGCCAGAACAGAAAGCGACCGCCCUUUUUUGAGAGACGGGUGAAGAACAGCGGAGGGAGAGCUGGGGGAGAGUCAGACUGAAAACAACUGCAAAAAGCAGCGGAACCUUGCCUGAGGGGAGGGGCUGAACCAUGUCUGAUGAAGAUGUCAUUGACUGUGGGAGCGAGUUUCCGGCCCACUACAAGGUCAUGCUCGACAAACUAAACGAGCAGAGACAGCUGGACCAGUUCACGGACAUCACUCUCAUUGUGGACGGUCACCAGUUCAGGGCCCAUAAAGCUGUGCUUGCUGCCUGCAGCCAGUUCUUUCACAAGUUCUUCCAGGACUUCAAGAUGGAGCCCCUAGUGGAGAUUGAAGGGGUGAGUAACUCAGCGUUCCGGCACCUGAUGGAGUUCACCUACACCGCCAGGCUAGCAGUGAACGGGCAGGAGGAGGUUAGCGAUGUGUGGAAGGCAGCCGAGUACCUGCAGAUGCAGGAAGCUAUCAAAGCCCUCAACAACAGUAACAAGUCCACAGUGUACAGCAGCCCGGCCAAGGGCAAGGCAAAGAAGCGUAAGAUCGCCGAGACGUCCAACGUGAUCACGGAGUCCCUUCCCUCGGUGGACACGGAGCCCGUGGAGAUCGAGGUGGAGAUCGCCGAGGGCCCCAUGGAGGUGGAGGAGAGCGGCCUGGAGGAGGUGGUGGAGGCGGCCCGGAACGCCCGCGCGGGCGGCGACUCCUCCGACGACUCCGCCCUGGCCCUGCUGGCCGACAUCACCAGCAAGUACCAGCAGGGGGAGCCGGCGCUGCACGUGGUGAAGAAGACGGGGCCCGCCGACCUGCAGGAGCCCUCCAAGGCGCUGGAGAGCAUCGAGGUGGUGGAGGUGCAGAUCUCGCAGCUGGACAACAUGUUUCGCUGUGACAAGUGCGAGCGCUCCUUCAAGCUGUUCUACCACCUGAAGCAGCACCUGCGCUCCCACGCGGCCGGGGCGGGCGACCGGCCGCACGUGUGCCGGCACUGCGACAAGGCCUACGCGCGCGAGGGCGCCCUCAAGCAGCACCUCACCAGCUACCACUACGACGCCGAGGAGCAGUCGCGCCGCCAGCGGCCGCAGAAGAGGCUGCACGUGUGCGAGUACUGCGACAAGCAGUUCGACCACUUCGGCCACUUCAAGGAGCACCUGCGCAAACACACCGGUGAGAAGCCCUUCGAGUGCCCUGACUGCCACGAGCGAUUCGCCAGGAACAGCACGCUCAAGUGCCACAUGGCCGCCUGCCAGAACGGCUGCGGGGCCAAGAAGGGCCGCAAGAAGCUGUACGAGUGUCAGGUGUGCAGCAGCGUGUUUAACAGCUGGGACCAGUUCAAGGACCACCUGGUGACGCACACGGGGGAGAAGCCCAACCACUGCACGCUGUGCGACGUGUGGUUCACGCAGCCCCGCGACCUCCGGCAGCACCUGCGGGACCUGCACGGCAUCCCGGACAAGACCCCGCCCGCCGAGGAGGUGGUCAUCACCGAGGCCGAGCCCGUCCCCGUCGCCCACGGCGACCCGGCGGGGGAGGAGGAGGUGGUGGUGGAGGAGGAAGACGAGGAGGCGCUGCUCCAGGACGGCAUUCGGGUGGAGCACGUGACCUUGGAGCCCGUCCCGCUGGAGGGCGGGGAGGUGGUGGGGGUGGUGGAGGGCGAGGCGGUGGUGGUGCAGGUCGGCGGGGAGGUGGAGGUGGAGGUGGGGCCGGGGCGGCCGCAGGGGGCGGGGGAGGGGCUGGACUUCUCCCGGGAGGCGGGGACUGACGGAGGGCCGCGGCUGGAGAUCAGGGUGGAGCAGGCCGCGGGCGAGGAGGCGGUGCCGGACUGCGGGGGUCAGCUGGAGGAGCAGGUGGAGGUGCAGGUGGAGGAGGGGGGUGUGGUUCAGGGGGUGGAGGUAUGA